CACAAGACCGAAUUUCAAGAUCUGAUCAGAGGGGUAAUAACCCAUAGCAUGAUACAACUUGCAGAAUCCAUCAUCAAAGACAAAACCCUAGUGAUAGAAGCUAUUAAAACUGCAACACAACAAUUUUGA